UUGUCCGCCAUUUGAAAUAUUUGAACUUCCUUGUGACAACUUCCAAUGUACGCUUUGGUUUACACUGAACAAUUAUCAGAGGAUCUGGGCGAAUAGUCGUAGUUUUUGCCUCUUAUGCACGUUGGGAUUCCGACGUCGGCUGUUUUCUUACCCGAUUGGGGAAAAAAGCGUAGAGAAGUGUGCGAAUGCUGCGCGUAUUCGAAACGUGUUCAACAACGGAACGCGGUAAAGUUUUUGCAUGAGUUGAACGCUGCUCGCGGAUAAGGAGAGGCGAAGGGAAGGCCUGUGAAGCCUGGGCUUUUUUCUUGCGCUAGUCAUGGCCGGAAAUUUUGAUUCGGAGGACCGAGGGAGCUGGUAUUGGGGGAGAUUAAGCCGGCAAGAGGCGGUUUCGCUGCUCCAAGGACAGAGGCACGGAGUAUUCCUAGUGCGGGACUCGAUCACUAUUCCCGGGGACUACGUGCUGUCUGUGUCGGAGAACUCCAAAGUCUCUCAUUACAUAAUAAACAGCAUCAGCAGCAAUCGCCAGUCCGGACCAGGACUCGCUCCUCCUCGGUUUCGCAUCGGAGAUCAGGAAUUUGACGCCUUACCUGCCCUGUUGGAGUUCUACAAGAUCCACUACCUGGAUACCACCACUCUGAUCGAGCCCAUCAAUAAAGCCAAGCACUCGUCCUUUAUCAGCGUCAAUGCAGGAACAGGAGGACCUCCUCAGAGGCUGGAAGAAGAGUACGUCCGAGCCCUCUUCGACUUCCCCGGCAACGACGACGAGGACCUUCCGUUUCGAAAGGGCGAUAUUCUUAGAGUUCUAGAGAAGCCAGAGGAGCAGUGGUGGAACGCUCAGAAUUCCGAAGGCCGUGUCGGCAUGAUCCCCGUGCCCUAUGUGGAGAAGUACCGGCCGGCCUCGCCAACAUCAGGGGGCCCUGUGGGGGCUGUUGGAGGAUCUGGAGCUCACGGCAACUCUGACAGCCACGGUUCUCAGUCUCAACCUCUGCUUGGUGAGCCGGGCCAAUAUGCCCAGCCAACGUCUUUACCCAAUCUACAGAAUGGUCCAGUUUAUGCCAGGGCCAUUCAGAAGAGAGUUCCCAAUGCCUAUGACAAGACUGCUCUUGCUUUGGAGGUCGGCGACAUGGUGAAGGUGACCAAGAUCAAUGUAAAUGGGCAGUGGGAGGGUGAGUGCAAGGGAAAGCAUGGCCAUUUUCCCUUUACCCAUGUUCGCUUGCUGGACCAGCACAACCCCGAGGAUGAACUGAGCUGAGAGAGUAGACUGUCUUCCCUAGCAGCCCUUAGAUGUACACUCAUUUACACACACACACAUACACACACACUUUGGCUCCUCACACAUCUUCACUACUGCCUUUUACCUUCCUGCCUCGUCAUUACCUUGUGACAUUGUGUCUCAUGCCAACGUUCACAAUACCUGCAACAAUUCCCUUAUUAGAUUGUAUGCAAUAAUUGAAGAUAUUUGCCAAGUAAACACUAAAUUCAGCACGCAAUGCCAUACACUACAUAGAGAGGAGCAUUAGUGUGUGGCUUCUUGUGAACUGAGAAAAGAGGAAGAAGCCUGCUUGGACUUAAAGCAUGAGCAGUUUGGUGUCUUAACAAGGGACUGUUCCUUUGCUUCGACUGCGGUAGCAUACACUACUUAGUGUCCUAGUACACAGCAGCACUCACACUACAAAUCAUCUACUACAUGAAAAUAUUCAGAAAUGCAGAACAAACGUGCUUCGAAAUAGUUUUUAGUCUUUUUCAUUGGCUUGUCAGUCAUUACUGGCUCAGCGCCGAUCAAACACGAAGCGGUUCCUAUCGGGGCGGUACACUAUACAAAAGAUGGAGCAGCCCGAAUCCUCACCGCAUUUAGUUUUAUUUAUGCACAACAUUUCUAAUGUAUACAAGAUGGGCCAUGCAUCAUUAUUCACUACGGCUAAGUAACUUUGUUUUACUACAUUUUCAUUAUAUAUUAUCAGGAAAUGCUACUUUCACCUUUAUUGCUGUACUUGGAAGUAUUACACUAAAUGCAGAUUUGUUGAAUGUGUAACCCUAAUUUCUAAUGCUAGACUCGAUACGUCAACAUAAGAUAGACUUUAUUGAUUUUUUUUGUUGUUGUUGUUUUUAAAUAAAAAUCCAACAUUGUGACUUUUCCACUGUAAUAAGCCAAUGUGUUUUUUGCCCAAACUUCCUUUGCCAAGGUAGAAAAUAGAGUAAUGGUUUGUUGUAGCGAACUCUCUACUACAACUCCAAAAACUACUUUAAUAUUAGUUAAAGAUAUUUCUAAAACAAUCCAGCUGUCUUUACAAUAACGCAGUAGGAUUUUAUGAAGUGUUGAUUUUGCACAUAUGUGUAGCCUUUAACUAUAAUUGGUUUAUCUGGCUAAUGAUAUUUGUUUUAAAACAUCAGCCUCCGUCAUGCCUGUAUUAUAUCAAUGCAGAAAUAUAGUGCAUUUUGUCCUUUAAAGCCCAAAUAAGACGUUGCUUUCCUAAUUGCCUGCCUUAAUUGCAAAUUGUUGUCAAUGACCAAAUCAGCAGUGUCUUGAGCCUAAUUAGUUAAAUAUGGGGAAGGUUUUUCCAACCUUGCAGAAACGUUUCUUUUAACUGACUUCCAUUACUAAUGAAUAGAAAUCAAAUAUCUGUGGACAAAUGUAGAAAUAAUAACGCUAAUAGACAGGCUACCAAAACACUGUCAAAUGUUCAUGUUUUUACCUUUAUUUGUUGUUACUUUUAAAUAAAAAGUUGGCUAACUUUGUUUGGUAACAAUGACAAUCACCUGGAAACUUCUGUUAUGUCACAUCUAAAUGUUAGAAAGCUAUUUUGUGUAUGUUUUGUAGGUUAGCUGUAUGUUGUCAUGAUGUGACAGCAAGUCGGCCGUGUUACGUAAUUGUCACUUAAGUCGUAAUAAUGAAGGACUUUGAUGUUCAUGAUCUGUCUUAUUAACUGUCUUAUGUUUCAGUCAGAAAUGACCUUGGAAUUAGAUCACUAAAAUCAGUCAGAAAGCAAAGCUGGAGUCUUGUCUGAACUCUCGCCUGUGUCCUGUGAGAAUGAUUUCACCUCAAAACACACCACUUUCGUCUGUGACUGAGUUAAAAGAGUAAUCGCAAGUCAGUGUCUGUACAUUUUAAUUGUACCCAAAGUAUUAUGUUUAAAACCUAAAUAUCAACACCGUAACUUUGUGAAAGUAAUCUUGUGUUAUCCUUUAUGUGCAUCCAGGUCUGUCAGAAGUGUUUUAAGUCACACACACAAAAAGAAAUCUACGUUUUUGUUAGUUUUAUUCCUGUACAUGAAAUAAAGUUGACCCCUAUAGUAAAGCUA